AUGGGGACUACCAUAAAUGAUGAUGAAAAUGAAGAGGAUGAGGAGGACAGUGAUAAUGACAAUGACAAUGACGAUGAUGUGGCUAACAAUGUUGAAAAAGAGGGCGUGCCCAACUUUAACAAAUUGUUGAAUGAUGCUCAAAGAGAGUUGUACCCUGGGUGUCAUAAGUUUUCUCUUUUAUCAUUUGUUGUUAAGAUGCUUCAUGUGAAGGUGUUGAACAAGUGGAGCAAUAAGUCUUUCAACAUGUUGUUGGGGAUAUUAAAGGACCUUCUACCGGUAAGUGAUCAAGUGAUUCCAUGGAUCCUUUAUGAAGCCAAAAAAUUCUUACGUGCCUUAGGCUUAGGAUAUGUGUCGAUUCAUGCAUGCAUGUAUGAUUGUGCACUUUUCUGGAAAGAGAAUGCAAAUUUAGAGAAUUGUCCGAUUUGUCAAGAGUCUAGAUACAAGUCGAAUUAUGGAAAAGGUAAAAAAGUUCCUCACAAGACCUUAAGAUACUUCCCAUUGACAUCAAGGUUGCAGAGAUCAUAUAUGUCGAGAAAAACAGCAAUAGAUAUGAGAUGGCAUAAAGAGAAACGAGUAGAUGAUGGGAUAUUGAGACACCCGGUUGAUGGUGAGGCAUGGAAGGAUUUUGAUAGGCAACAUCCUUUGUUUUCCCGAGAGAGUCGAAAUGUGAGGUUAGGGUUGGCCACUGAUGGUUUCAAUCCUUUUGGAAACAUGAGCAACUUGUACAGUAUGUGGUCUGUGAUUGUUAUGCCUUACAACUUGCCUCCUUGGAAAUGUAUGAAACAAGCAUUUAGUAUGCUGUCAUUGCUUAUCCCUGGACCACAAGCACCAGGGAGAGAUAUCGAUGUUUACAUGCGACCAUUAAUUGAUGAGUUAAAGGAGUUGUGGGAAGAUGGUGUGCUUACUUAUGAUGCCUUAAUUGAAUUAAGUUUUCAAAUGCUUGUAGCUGUUAUGUGGACAAUUAAUGACUUUCCUGCAUAUGGAAACUUGUCAGGAUGGAGUACGAAAGGGUAUUUGGCUUGUCCCACCUGUAACAAAAAUGCUUCCUCACAACGGUUGAGAGAUGGGAAGAACAAAGACACAGGAAAAGCACGCAUGGAUUUGGAAGAUAUGAAAAUAGGGAAGGAGUUGCACUUAAAAAGGCGUGCCGAUGGAUCUUUUGAAAAGCCCCUAGCAUUGUACACUUUGUCCUCAGAUGAAAGAUAUGGUUUUUGUGAGUUUUUAAAGUCAAUUAAGUAUCCUGAUGGUUAUGCAGCAAACAUCUCAAGGUGUGUGAACACAAAAGGUGAUAAGUUAACAGGCCUAAAAAGUCAUGAUUGUCAUGUCCUCAUACAGCGGCUUCUUCCCAUUGGAAUGCGUGGAUAUCUUCACAAUGAUAUUUGUGUCGCAUUAUUUGAGUUGGAAAAUUUCUUCCAAGAGCUUUGCUCGAAGACAUUGAAGAUGAAGAAUUUGGAAAUAUUAGAAGAUUGCAUAAUAUUCAUACUAUGCAAGUUAGAAAAAAUUUUUCCACCAACGUUUUUUGAUGUGAUGGUCCAUUUGGCGAUUCAUUUGCCGCGUGAAGCCAUUCUUGGUGGGCCUGUGCAAUAUCGAUGGAUGUACCCCAUUGAAAGGCUACUUGGAACUUUAAAAGGAUAUGUUGCAAAUCGAGUUCGUCCAGAAGGUUCGAUCACAGAAGCUUAUGUUGUCAAGGAGUGUCUCACAUUUUGCUCAAUGUAUCUAGGUGGGAUUGAAACUGUAUUUAAUCGAGAGGAACGGAAUGUCGAUGUUAGUGUGCAUGAGUCGGGGAUAGAGGUCUUCGCGCAAAAUAUGAACCAAUUACGAGCUCAAGGAUUACCAGAAGCAACUGAUGAUAUGUGGUCAUUAGCAAAUGGUCCUAGUGUGAAUGUUAACUUGUAUUCAGCUUGCAUUUCCAAUGGUGUUCGAUUUCAUAGUAAGGAUCGUGAUAGUAGUCAUAAAUGCCAAAAUAGUGGGUUAGUUGUGGAAGGGGAGCAUGAGAGACAAACAAUUAACUUUUAUGGGUACUUGAAUAGAGUGUGGGAGAUGCAUUACAUGCUUGGACAUCGAGUUGUUUUAUUCCAAUGCGAAUGGUUCAAUACCGGUAACAAUAGAACAUUACAUACCGAUACACAUUGCACAAGUAUUGAUGUUAGAAGGCGAUGGUAUAAAGAUGAUCCAUUUGUCUUACCAAGUCAUGUGAAACAAGUUUUCUACGUUGAUGAUACAAAGUUAGGCGGACAUUGGAAAGUUGUAGAAAGACUACAACAUCGAGGAAUAUGGGAUGUACCAGAACAAGAUGGCUUUGAACCUGACAAUGUAUUGCAACAAAAUGAAACAACUGAUGCUGUCCCAGUGAGCGUCGAAGACCCCGUGACAAUCUCACUUCAUAGGAAUGACAUUGAUCCUCAAAUUAUCCCAAGUGAGGUGGUUUUACAAUUAGUUAAUCAAGCACACAACGAUGGUGUUGAUGAGGAAGAUGGGUGCGAUAAUGAAGAUGAUUACUACGAGCAUUGA